UCAUCGUUCCUCAACGCAUGGUGCUGUGGUCGAAAUUCCUGAAAUGUAAGACGCUGCUUUUCAAUUGGUCGAAUUUAAAUCGCGUCCAGGAUGCACGUUCAACGUAUAAUGUCAACGGCUUUAUGGCGGGACAUCGCGUGUGUUCAUGGAAUAUUAGUUGUAGUAGAAGCUUCGAGUAGAACAGAGUAGAAAUGUUUCACGUACGUCAUAUCAUUGAAUUUCUAGUUAGAGUUCGUAUAGAUUGAUCCUGUGAACGACCCAAGUGAUUUGGAAGCGGAGUAAUCGAACAAAAGUUCUCGUGAACGUGUUACGUUGUUCACAUGACGAGAUAUUGUAAUUUCGAUAUCGUAUAAUUUGUUUAACAAAUCGAAAAUGACUACCUCGUUGUCCUUGUUAGCGAGCCACGAUGAAGUGGUUCGAUGUGCGAAUGUACUCAUUAACGGGGCUUGCGAAGAAGAAUUCUUAAAGUUUGCAAUAAAUCAAGAGGAAAUGAGACAGAAAUGGUUAGCAUCUAUACAAGAGUGCCAACGUCUUCACACUGCCUUGGAAAAGGCUCAUCAAGAAGCAGCUGAUUUAGACAGAAAAUUGAGUCAUGCCAGAAGACUCCUGGAUGAGGAGAAGAAGAGGAGACGAGCCGUCGAAGAUCAGAGGAACUCCUUGGAGAGACAAAUUGCCUUGGUCAGAGAUCUUUUAUUUAAUGACGGUGGAAGGAACUUGAAUAAUGAAACUCGUGAAAAAUUACAAUUCUUAAAUAACACUACGUUAAAUGGACGUCAUAGUAACAUACACGUAAAAGAUGUACAUCAAAAUGACAAAUUAAAUACUAUAGCGGAGCUGGACUCCACUGGCUCAAUUUUGAGCGACUUGAGUUGCUUCUCAAAGUCGGAAGAUGAUUUAGAUGUUAGUGCAAUGAUUCAACAGAGUCAAAAGAAACGUGAAUGGAAGGAGCACAGGCCAAGCGGUGAAUAUUCCACAAAGAAACGACGUAGUACAACGCAAAAAGUUGCGGAAUUAAAUACAUCUGAUAGAAUAGUAGCUACGACUACAGUAGUUAUGCCUAAGGAGGGUAAUAUCACCGCUUCUUCAGUGAUCGAAGCUAUACCCGGUGACGAGAACAUGGACCCACAGGGUCCUUUGCACAGCUCGCGUAAAAGGCGUAAGAGCGGUGAUCGAAGCAAAUCGAAAUUGGCUCCGGUCGACACGAAUGAAAUACAGAUAGAUACUGCGCCUUCUGCACCGAAAAUGGAGAUUCUCACGUCAGGAUCAGACUCUGAGGGUGUCUUUAAACCCAGCCCGAACAUAGGUGGAUACACUUUAAAUACAAAAUCUGCUAGGGGACACAGUUUCAUAGCGAAGACAGUCAUCAAACCGGAAGUUUGUUUACCUUGUGACAAGCGAAUUCGAUUCGGAAAAGUAGCUCUGAAGUGUAAAGAUUGUAGAGCCACGGCUCAUACUGAAUGCAGAGACUUGGUACCGUUGCCAUGCGUGCCCACUGGAAAUACUCCGACUUUACGCGGCUCAUCGGGGACAAUAGCGGAUUAUACCCCCAUGAUUCCACCCAUGGUCCCAUCGUUAGUCGUUCAUUGCAUCAACGAGGUAGAGUUAAGAGGAAUGGGUGAACAGGGAUUAUACAGAGUGAACGGUGGUUCGACAGAGGUAAAAGCUCUGAAAGAGAAGUUCCUCAAAGGCAAAGGAGCCCCCAAUCUCUCUGAUGUCGACAUACCUACCAUAUGUUCCACUCUGAAAGACUUCCUGAGAUCGUUGCGUGAACCGCUGAUCACUGUCGGACUGUGGGCGGACUUCGUUCGAGCCACUACCAUCACCGACAAGCAAGACGCCGACGCAGCUUUGUAUCAAGCGAUAUCCGAAUUGCCUCAGCCUAACAGAGAUACGCUCGCCUUUUUGGUCUUACAUUUGCAACGAGUAUCGAGUAGCCCCGAAUGCAAAAUGCCAAUCAGCAAUUUGGCGAAAGUUUUCGGGCCUACGCUGGUAGGAUACAGUUGUCAAAAACCUUCGCCUACCUCCCUUCUUUCGGAGACGAGUAAUCAAGUCGCUAUAGUAGAAAAUCUGCUGAAAAUUCCUUCGGAUUACUGGGCAAAUUUCGUUAAUCCUGAGAAUCUGAAUCACAUUGGCGCUCAUAAAACCGGAGAAUUGCAACACACGCCGUCCCAGGAAUCGUUACUUAAGCGCAGUGUUUCCCGCGGCUUCUUCAAUACUCCACUUACUUCUAGUCGAACGUUCAUGAGGAAAAACAAAAAAUACUUUGCGACGCCUCCCUCCAGAGGAAUUUUCUAACUAGAUUAGGUAUGUACGCUUAUAUUAAGGUACGAAUUAUUUUUACAUGAAAAUGAAUCGACCAAACGAACAUCUAUAAACGAUGAACUAUUCUCAAUGCGCAACGUGAUCUUUUCUGUUCGAAAUUUUGUAAUAUUUUAAUUGAGACGUAUCGUCUAGCGCACAAAAUGACAUUAAGAUAAUGAAAGUACAAUAUUAAAUUCGUAAAAUUAAAGUGUUAAUAAUAUAUUAUGUUAAUAUUCAUUACUAGUUCGUGUGUGUAAAAAAUGUUCUGAUAACGUAAUCUUAAUAUUAUCUUAAUUUGAGACUAUGAUACGAUUAAAUGAACAGAGCACUUUUCGUUAUUAGAUUAAUUUAGAGGUAUUCGGUUAACUAAAAAUACGAAUUAUUUUGCUUCAAUAUAAUUGUAUUUUCUUUCCGCAAAUGUA